AUGGCACUUGAUACUUCUGUAAAUGGCUUUGCAAAGUCUGCUUCGUCUUUCCAGCUUCGUGACAAUCAUGCAUUUGCUACUGAUUUACUCUUCAAUCUAAAUGAUGUCCGUGCAGCCUGUGCAUCUGGACUCAUUGCUCACGGCAACUUAGUGACAAUGCUUAAGAGUCGAAUUCACUUGGAAAGGACGUAUGCACAAGAACUUAGCAAGAUGACGAGGUUUGCUCACUUUGAUGAACGAGAGAGCGGUACAAUGCAGCACGCAAUGGCAAGUCUUCGAGCGCAGUAUCUGAAUACGAGUGUCCAACACCGACAAUUAGCGACAAAUCUCGAGGAAGAAGUCUUGAAUCCGAUUGAAAAGCUGUAUGAAAGUAAUAGUCGACGAGCACAAAGUUUAACACGCCGAAUGAAUCACGCAAAGAAAGAUGUUAAGAUUCAAGAAGAUGCAUAUCGAAAAGACUACAGCGCGUUUGACAAGACGUUUAAAGAGGCUUCUGCUUCGUUUGCAGCUGCAAUGGACUCUGGAUUUUCUAGUACGUUACUGGAGACUCGGUAUCAUCACUCAUUAUCGCACAUACAGGAGGUUGAUAGUCCUGUUAAGACAAAUUUCGCGAGUGUAAUCGCUACUCGAACACAACGAGCGUCUGGAGCUGCUGCAUUGAGGUCAAUUAAUAAUCACAAAAUUGUGAAUUGGUUACUUCCAUCUUCGGAGAUGCAUCGAAAAGAAGAUUUGGCGAAUACGACGGUCAAAUUAAUGACAGCAGCUGAAAGUGCUAGAAGGAAGUGCCAACAAACGUGGCGAGAUGUGGAAAUACAUCGAAUUCGAAUGUGCCGUGCUUUUCAAUUAAUGCUAGCAGACUAUCAGGCUGUUGCGCCGACAUUAGAAAAUGUCGAUGUACAAAGUGACAUUUACGACUUUAUCCAAACCACUUGUACAGCGAAAAAGCGUGUGGAGCUGGCAAGUUUAACUGUCCAUGAUCUGUGCCACGACACAGUGCAAUCUUUAUUGGCUUCACCUUCGUCGAAAUUUUGUCGCCCUUUACGUAAAUCUUGCCUUGAAAUUCGUGACAUUGCGUCUAAGAAAGUCCCUUUUGACGAUCACGGCAAUCAAGAACUUCUUGGUGAGGCUUUGAAUCUUCUUUCGACUGCUUCUUGUGAAGAAAAGAGUCGAUCGAAUCUUCCGGAGCAGUAUGACGUCUCUAGUUCACAACUUUUUACGAAAGUAUCUUCGAAUUUUCCCGAAGACUUGGCGACACUUUGCGAACUCAGUAACGAUGAAGUGGAGGAAAAACGUGCCGUCCACAAUGAACCCGAGGUCGAUUGUGACGAUUGCACACCAAGUGUCAGUCCAUCUGGAAGUGCUAACUUGAUGAUUUUCGUUAAUGAAAACGAGCUUGAAGCGACGGAUUGA